UCUUUUCUUUCUAUUACACAAGAAUAUGAGUUCAAGGAAAAAGACUGUCAAUAAUAACAAUAGUUGGGAUCUGGAUGCCAUGUUGGCUCAAGAGAUUCAAGACUUGAAUAAAGACUCGGCAGAAGAUAGACGUGUAAAAGAAGCCGUUAUUGUCUCUAAACCAGACCCUAAUCGCAUUAACAACGCAGAAGACAGCAGUAGCUCAGACUCGGAUGAAUAUGAAGAUGAUUUGUCUAUUCGUGAUCCUGAAUUGUUCAAGAUAACAGAGAGCAAUCGACAGAUUAAUGUAGAUAUAGACACAACCACCAAGAAUAAAUUGGUUCGCCGACCACCUGAAUUAGUGUUUUCUGACCCUCCAUUGCUUGUUUCUAGAGAUGAUUAUAUUCAAGUUACUUUUGCCUAUGGUGUCUCUGAAAAAAAGAAUAAGAAAUCAAAGAAAUAUAUGCUUAUGUGUGAUUUUGGUGAAGAGAGUAUGUAUGCACUCAAAUGGGCUAUCGGGACUCUGUUGCGUGAUGGUGAUGAGGUUCAUGUAGCCAGUGUGGUUAGUAUGGACGAAGAAGUGGAAGAUAUGGACGAUAGUGAGAAAUACACUCUAUGGUCUGAAUUGGAUCGCAAUUCAAAGACAGUGAUCUCACGUGUCAAAACAACCCUGAUUGAAAUGAUGCUUUUUGAUAUCAAGAUUGUUAUUCAUUCAUUAGCUGGUAAGACAAGAGAAUCCUUGUUGAAUUUGAUUUACGAAACACCUGGUUUAACCAUGAUUGUAUGUGGCUCAAGAGAAAAGAGUGCACUUAAAGGUAUGAUUAUGGGCAGUGUAUCCACUUUUUUGGUACAUAAUUCACCUGUUCCUGUCUCUGUUGUUCGUCCUCAAAAGAAAGAAAAGACAAAGAGACAUAAAAAGACAGCGGCACAAAAACUAAGUCAGAGUGUUAUGAACGGACAUUUGAAAGUAGAUGAAGCAGAAGGAGCCCCUUUAAGCCUUAAUAGUUAUGAUGGAACAACCUAGUCAUUUAUUACUUAUGCAAAGAUAAUGGCAAUCAUUAAUAAACUUAGCAACAUGAUCACU